AUGGGUCGCCACAGCAGCAGCAGCGGCAAGACCGAGGCCGGCGGCGAGCAGUACCGCAAGGAGGAGAAGCAUCACAAGCACAUGGAGAAGCUGGCCAAGCUCGGUGCCGUCGCCGCCGGAGCAUACGCUAGGCACGAGAAGCACGAGGCGAGGAAGGACCCGGAGCAUGCGAGGUCGCACAAGAUGAAGGAGAAGAUCGCCGCCACUGUCGCCGCCGGCAGCGCAGGAUUCGCCAUCCACGAGCACCACAAGAAGAAAGAGGCCAAGAAGCACGCUCGUCAUGCCCACCACCACAGAUACAAUCAUGGAUGCAUAUGCACAUGUAGACCCUAG